AUGUACCCCAACAUUCCAUCCCUCAUUUACGGUUUAUUGGUACUUCAUAUUUCGUGUGCCGCCCUCAUUAUUGUUAAAGACACAGGUACGAAUUAUGUUCCAGCUCAGCUGAGUGUUGAUAACCUGUGCAAAGACGUUGCCCCAGGGAUGGCUGUUCCUGUUGCCGACACUCAGGAUGGAAGACUGUGGAUAACAGCCGUCCACGACGAAAUAAUCCCAAUCCGCGCUGAUGGUCGACAUACGGCAGAGAUUCAAAUGAGUCUGACGCCCCUCGUUGGUGCUCUUUGGCAAACAGGCGUUCAUCAGGAAGUGUCACCCAGCCGAGCAGGCAACAACAGGGCAAACGAACCUGAACCGACACCGGCCGCUAUUUCUUUUUGGAAGACGGAGGAAGUAGCUUCAAGAUUGCUGGCUGUUCAACGUGCUGAGGGACCCGUACCUACGCACGUCUUGGGAUUACUAUUUCAAAGCGCAGUUCACGAGAGGAUCUCCGAUUCUUAA